AGUAAGAUGGGAACAACAGAGAACCAGUCACUACCUUAUGUCACAAUAUCGCAGCUGGAUAAUAAGUUUGACAUCCUAGAACAGCAGAUCAAAGGACUACAGGACGUGAUGACUGGAAUGAAAAAUUGUUGUCGUAAUCAGAGUGAAUAUCUUGUCGCUGCUGAGAAUCAUCUUGCUUUCUUAUUAACACAGGUGAUGAAUGGUAAUGAAGACGUUUCCUCUGUAUUCACAACUUUUGGACAGUGGCUUAAAAAUAAUUUUGUCACACGGAAUCAGUUUACGAGUCAAAUGUCAAGCCUGGCUGAUCGUGUGACCUCUGAGCUAACGACUAGUAUGAAACAACGUAUAGAGAAAAUAGCUGAGACGGCAGCUGCUGCCAUUGCAAGUAGUUCCGCCAAGUCCUUGAGAGAAGAGCUUAGUAAAGAAGAGGCAACGUCUGCAUCAGCUGUAUUUUCUGCAUCUAUCAAUGGUAGUCAAAAGUGUGCCUCGGAAGAGGAGGUGAAAAAGGUAGUCAGAGAUGCUAUAUAUCUGUAUGAUGCUGACAAAACAGGACUUGUGGACUUUGCUUUAGAAUCUCAAGGUGGCAUUAUUGUGAGUACAAGGUGUUCAGAAACGUAUCAGAUGGGUGUUGGACAAUACAGAAUAUUUGGUAUACCAAUUUGGCAUGCGUAUAACUCACCACGGACUGUUAUUCAGCCAAAUAUCCAUCCUGGUGAAUGUUGGGCAUUUAAAGGAAGCUUUGGCUACUUGGUUAUUAAGCUUUCAGCUGUCAUCAAACCCACAGCUUUCACUAUAGAACACAUCCCGAAGUCUUUAUCUCCCACUGGGAACAUCGACAGUGCUCCAAAAGAUUUUACUGUAUUGGGAUUGUGGGAAGAAACCGAUCUUGAGGGUAAGGUGCUAGGCGAGUACACUUAUGAUCAAGAUGGAGAACCCUUACAACAUUUUAUUGUUAAGGAACAAGAUCCAGGCUUCUUCUCUGUGGUUGAAGUACGUAUCCACAGUAACCACGGAAACAUGGACUAUACCUGUGUUUAUCGUAUCAGAGUUCAUGGUGUACGGCAGUAGGAUGUGAAUAAAUUGUAGGAAGGUGUGAUAUCUUGGGUUAUCAAACUUUAAUCUAGACUGUAAUGAUCUGAGGUUCCUGGAACCACAAAGAAUUAAUCUCGUUCAUCACAUGACAGGAACUGGCUUCUUACUAGUUAAGUACUUUAUUUUCGUGAAAUACCAAUUAAAAGAGUUCACUUCCAUUGUCAGGAAACAUUCUCUCAUUAUAUUCAGAAUGAGGGAUAGAAAGAAAAACUAUUGUAAAAGUAUUUUUUUCAUUAGAAACGAAAAAGAUUGUUGCAUUUUUACUGAAACCACAGUGUUUUGUUAGGAUCGGUGAUGUAUAGGUAUCCACUGAUAUGAACUUUUAUAUAUAUAUAUAUAAUAAAUAAGUAAUGUCUUCAUCAGUUAAACAGCUAAGGUUAAUUUUACGUUGUAAUGAAUUACAAGUCCUCUCAUAAAAAUCACAGAUUUAUCAGUUAAUGUUCUUGGUUCUAGUCAUUUAUUUAUUUCAAGUUAUAUGUGAAAGAUGUAGUAAAUAAAUCAUACUUGCUAAAAUAUUUUAUCAGGAACCAUUUAUAAACAAUCUUGUAGUAACUUUCUGAGCACACAAGUUGUCUCGUAUCUAGGAACCAUUUAUAAACAAUCUUGUAUUAACUUUCUGAGCACACAAGUCAUCUCGUAUCAGGAACCGUUUAUAAACAAUCUUGUAUUAACUUUCUGAGCACACAAGUCAUCUCGUAUCAGGAACCGCUUAUAAACAAUCUUGUAUUAACUUUCUGAGAACACAAGUCAUCUUGUAUCAAGAACCAUUUAUAAACAACCUUGUAUUAACUUUCUGAGAACACAAGUCGUCUUGUAUCAGGAACCAUUUAUAAACAAUCUUGUAUUAACUUUCUGAGCACACAAGUCAUCUCGUAUCAGGAACCAUUUAUAAACAAUCUUCUAUUAACUUUCUGAGCACACGAGUCGUCUCGAUGUGGAGGUUGAAUGAUUUUUAUUAAAACUGUGGUAAAUUUUAACACGUGACAUCUUUUAUUUUUUUGCAUCACUUGCUAUUUUAUACAUCUUCCUUGAUGUAAAUUAUAAAAACUUCCGAAGAACAUUAUAUCCUAUUAAAGUACAAAUAUUCCCAUUCGUUGUUCCAUCUAACUGACAUACACAUUAAAUACAUCACCAUAAAUUAUCACUGAUCCUUUAAAAUAUUCUAACCAUGAGAUAGUAAUGUGAAUCUUUUGUGAAAAUCAUCAUUUAACUUGCUUAGAGCUUUAAUAAGUAAAUUGAUAUGUUAUUGAUUACUUAAAAUACAGAGUGCCAAGGUGAAACAUGAGAAGUUAUCUUUCUUUUCAUCUUAUUUUGUAAUUUUUUCCAUAUUUCAUAAAAAUGUGUUGUAUUUUGGUAUUUAUAUUUAGAGUAAAUUAAGUACUGUAAAAGUAUUUUAACUGAAUUAUAGAGCUUUAUCAUAGAUAUAUAUAUGUUUUUUUUAUUUUCUAUUUCAAUACUACACACCUCAGAUAUUUCCUGAUCUUUAAAGUCUGGUUCUGAGUAUUAAUCAAGUUCGUUUAAGAUGUGAAGGAGCUUAUACUAAUAAAACUAUUGUGAAAUGUAUGUUAGUCAUAUUAUUAAUGUUAUUUUAGCACUUUACAUAAAAGCUUUACAGAUGGCUUGUAUAUUUACUGUACAAACAUGUUUGAAAUAGUGGCUUGUCGAUAUCUGAAGUUCUGGCAUAACUACUGUCCUCAGUUGUAUUAAAUUUUAGAUUAAUAAAAAAACAUGAAAUAAAUAUUUUAAAA